GGAGCCGCGGCUGCGGAGGAGGCUCCGGGAGCUCGGGAGGCCGGGUCUGGAAUUUACGCGGCGCGCGGGGCAGGUCGGGGAGGCGCCGGGUCCCUGCUUACCCGGCACCCACGCCAGCCCCGGUGCUUACAGCCCGUCGGCUGCACCCUCUCCUCCUCCCCAUCCCCCUCCCUCCGUUCUUUCCACCCUUCCCUUCUCUGCAUCUUUCCUAUUCCCUUCUUCAUUGGCUGCCUCCUCUCAAAUGGGAUGGGGGAGGAGCUUUUUCACCUACUAGUGGCAGCCACAGGCGUUACUUUAACCAGUUCCUCACUUUCCAGACACCCUCAGUCCUCGGGCUGCUACUCCGGCCUGAGACCUCCCCAUUCCAAACGGCCUCACCCAGGGCUGCUCCCCCGGCCCUCCCGCUUCCCUGCCUCAGGCUCCUAGGCCGCCGCCUCUUCCCUGGGCCCGUCGGAGGGGCGGCGCGUCCUCCGAGUUCUCCCAGUACACCCAGAUGGCUGGGUCGCAGUCUCUCUCUCCCUCUCUCUCUUUCCCUCGUCCUUCUCUCUCUCUUCCUUUGACUACCACUAGAUAUUGGAAAUUCCCAGAAACAGGUGGAUUUCUUCCCUGGUGCCCCCACUAGAUGUUCUGCGUUGUUUCAUCCACUGGUCAUGGAAUCUUGGAAUCGUCACUGAAAUAUCCUUAAGCGUGAGAUGAGGUUGUAGAGGGCCUGGGACUUGCGUCCGCAGCCUCCUCUGCCUUCUAACAUCUGCAGGCCCUCGGAUAAGCUCUGGAGAGGCCUUAUGAGAUCUUCCCUGAUGGAUGACCUCUGUGAAGCAAAUGGCACUUUUGCCAUCAACUUAUUUAAAAUACUGGGGGAAGAAGACAGCUCAAGAAAUGUAUUCCUCUCUCCCAUGAGCAUUUCCUCUACCUUGGCCAUGGUCUUCAUGGGGGCAAAGGGAAGCACCGCAGUCCAGAUGUCCCAGGCACUUUGUUUAUACAAACAUGGAGAUAUUCACCAAGGUUUCCAGUCACUUCUCCAUGAAGUUAACAGAACCCGCACUCAGUACUUGCUUAGAACUGCCAACAGACUCUUUGGAGAAAAGACAUGUGAUUUCCUUCCAGACUUUAAGGAAUCCUGUCAGAAGUUCUAUCAGGCAGAGCUGGAGGAGCUGUCCUUUGCUGAAGACACUGAAGAGUGCAGGAAACAUAUAAAUGACUGGGUGGCGGAAAAGACUGAAGGUAAGAUUUCAGAGGUACUGGAUGUUGGGACAGUUGGUCCCCUGACAAAGCUGGUCCUUGUGAAUGCCAUCUAUUUCAAAGGAAAGUGGAAUGAACAAUUUGACAGAAAGUACACAAGGGGAAUGCUCUUUAAAACCAGUAAGGAAAAAAAGACAGUGCAGAUGAUGUUUAAGGAAGCUAAAUUUAAAAUGGGGUAUGUGGAUGAGGUGCACACCCAGGUCCUGGAGCUGCCCUAUAUGGAAAAGGAGCUGAGCAUGGUCAUUCUGCUUCCCGAUGACAACACAGACCUCACCGUGGUGGAAAAAACACUUACAUAUGAGAAAUUCAAAGCUUGGACAAAUCCAGAAAAGUUGACAGAAAGUAAGGUUCAAGUUUUCCUUCCCAGGUUAAAGCUGGAGGAGAGUUAUGACUUGGAGCCUUUCCUUCGAAGGUUAGGCAUGAUCGAUGCUUUUGAUGAAGCCAAGGCAGACUUUUCUGGAAUGUCAACUAAGAAAAAUGUGCCUGUGUCCAGGGUUGCCCACAAGUGCUUUGUGGAGGUCAACGAGGAAGGCACAGAGGCUGCCGCAGCCACGGCUGUGGUCAGGAAUUCCAGGUGCAGCAGGACAGAGCCGAGAUUCUGUGCAGACCACCCUUUCCUUUUCUUCAUCACGCACCACAAAACCAGCUGCAUCUUGUUCUGCGGCAGGUUCUCUUCUCCUUAAAGAGGUGCAAUUGCUGUACAGUUGCCUUCUGCCUACCUUGCCUUAAUUAACAUUCCAUGUGACCCAGUCGGUGCAGUGACUUCAAUGCCAAAAUAAAGCAUGUGUCCCCGGA